UACUGGUGAAGAACAAGAACUCGGAUAGCUAGCAUCCCCCCGAUGGCUAUCUUUUGAGAUUUUGGAAGUUUUAACGUUUGGGAAAAGUGUUGAUAAACAACCUUAACUUAACCACGACAGUGGUGCGUAUUGGGUGUUAGCAAUCUGUUUUCACCACAGGACCGUUUUUCUGUUGAGUUGUUAGGAACGCAAGAAAAAUGGCAGAGGGAGCACUGAACAACCAAAGGGAGCACACAGCGAUCUGCUUCAAGGCCUUUAUGCUCAAGAAUAGUACAAAAAGCAACCUCAACCUCUAUGACCAUCUUUCACGAUUACUGACCAAGGUGAUGGAUGAGCGUCCAGAAAAUGUGGUUGACAUAAUUGAAGACAUGAGCCGUGAGGUGAAGCAGGAAUUUCUGCAGGACAAGCAGAGCACCUUGAGAGACAUGCCACUGGCAACGGCUGCACAGCUCCUGGCUGAGCAGCAGAGGUUACUGUUUUCACGGAGAGGGGGUGAUGAUGGAGAACAAGAGGAGGAACUGGUAGAAACACCGCUUCCCAAUGUGAGUGAGCUUGGCUUCUUCCUCGAGCAGGCUGGAGUGGGACUGGGUAGAGAGGAGAUGCUGAUGGUCUUCCUGGCACUCAAGCAGCUGGUGGAUUCCCAACCGCUAGUGCGCUGCCGACUUUGGGGCAAAAUCCUGGGCACAGGGGGCAACUAUCUUGUUGCUGAGUGCGAGUACAGAGAGGGGGAGGAGGAGGAAGAGGGUAAUGAGGAAACAGUGGAAGAUGAGGAAAGAGAUGGAGAACCUCGGGAUGAUGAUGAGGAAGCUGAUGUGGUGGAAGUGAUUGAUACGCUCCCAAGAUCCACCUUCAAGCCCCCGCCUGUGGUGCCAAAGGAGGACAAUCGCACAGGUGUGAACAAGUUUACUUACUUUGUGUGCAGAGAGCCUGGCCUUCCCUGGGUGAAGCUGCCCACUGUCACUCCCACCCAGAUCACAGCCGCACGCCACAUCCGCAAAUUCUUCACAGGGAGACUGGAUGCCCCCAUCAUCAGCUAUCCUCCUUUUCCUGGCAAUGAGGCCAACUAUUUGCGAGCCCAAAUUGCUCGCAUCUCUGCCGGCACACAGGUCAGUCCCCUCGGGUUCUAUCAGUUUGCAGAGGAGGAAGGUGAGGAGGAAGAGGAGGGAGCCCGAGACAGCUUUGAAGAGAAUUCUGACUUUGAGGGAAUUCCUGUUCCUGAAAUGGCAGAAUCACUAUCCACCUGGGUGCAUCAUGUCCAGCACAUCCUUCAACAGGGUCGCUGUGUGUGGGUGAACCUGGCUGACAAGCCUGAGGAUGACUUUGAGGAGGAAGGAGAUGAAGAGGAGAAGGAGGAGGAGCCUGAUGAGCCUGAUCCAGAGGUGGGGCCUCCCCUCCUCACUCCACUCUCUGAGGAUGCAGAGACUACCAACACCCCUCCCUGGAGCUCCAAGAUGUCCUCCACCCUCAUCUCUCAGUUUGCUAUUGCAGUGCUGCGCUCAAACCUCUGGCCGGGAGCUUAUACUUAUGCCAGUGGAAAGAAGUUUGAGAACAUCUACAUUGGUUGGGGCCUGAAAUUUGCAGGGGAAGGGUACAUCCCAACUGUUCCAACAAUGCCCCAGAGAGAAUACCCCAGUGGGCCAGAGAUCACAGAGUCCCUGGACCCCAGUCUGGAGGAAGAGCAAGCCCUGAAAGCAACCCUGGAGGAGCAGAGGGCUGCCCAAGAAGAGACAGAGGCCUUGGGUGAAGAUGAAGAGGAGGAGGAAGAAGAGGAUGAUUAAAGAUGACUUUGUAGUUAACAAACACUACAUUACAAAAUAGGCAACAUUUACUGUUGACUAAAGCCCGAGGGCUCUGUUCAAUCCGCGUCGCAAAGUUCAGCUUUACAGCGUAAUUGACAUUUAAAGGCAAUGUUCCGGCUUUAGCUGAGACUGCAUUCAUGGUAAACGCCGCCUAUGUCUGCUCAAAAUUACCUUUACAUUUCUACUGCGGAAUCUGUAACGCUUCAGCGAUAGAUUAAAUAGAGCCCCUAAUUUAUUAAGAGCAAAUAAAACAAUUCGUACAGCAAUGUCCACUGAGAGAACAAUGCUUGUACAUGUUUUUUUUUAUUAGUCAUUUUUUAAAGAUUAUACAGACAAACAGGUAGAGAGCAAAACACACACUGAUCCCCUACCAAAUCCAACCCACCCUCACCCACCACGAUCCAACAGUGUCCCACCCCAAUACCAGGUUUUAAUGAAACAAUGUUUGUGCAUUUAAUUGACAUACUUUUGUAGACAUCAGACCGUAGUCAGAUGUGUUGGCAAGGCAGACUUCACUGUUUAUUACUUUCCACAUGAAGCAGGCAAGUAACUGAAUACCUCAGUAAUUGCUCCUGUCCUUAAUUGGCCAUGUCAGAACAUGUGGGGUGAGCCUUCAAUAAGUAUAUGCAGUACCAGUCAAGAGUUUGCACACACCUACUCAUUCCAGGGUUUUUCUUUAUUUUUGCUAUUUUCUACAUUGUAGAAUAAUAGUGAAGACAUCAAAACUAUGAAAUAACACAUAUGGAAUCAUGUAGAAACCCAAAAAGUGUUAAACAAAUCAAAAUAUGUUUUAUAUUUGAGAUUCUUCAAAUAGUCACCCUUUGCCUUGAUGAUAGCUUUGCACACUCGUGGCAUUCUCUCAACCAGCUUCAUGAGGUAGUCUUCUGGAAUGCAUUUCAAUUAACAGGUGUGCCUUGUUGAAAGUUAAUUUGUGGAAUGUCUUUCCUUCUUAAUGCAUUUGAGUCAAUCAGUUGUGUUGUGACAAGGUAGGGGUGGUAUACAGAAGAUAGCCCUAUUUGGUAAAAUACCAAAUCCAUAUUAUGGGAAGAACAAAUAAGCAAAGAUAAUGACAGUCCAUCAUUCAGGAAAUGACAGUCCAGCAAUCAGGAAAACUUCAAGAACUUUGAAAGUUUCUUCAAGUGCAGUCGCAAAAACCAUCAAGCACUGUGAUGAAACUGGCUCUCAUCAGGACCGCCACAGGAAAGGAAGACCCAGAGUUACCUCUGCUGCAGAGGAUAAGUUCAUUAGAGUUACCAGCCCAAAUAAAUGCUUAAGAGUUCAAGUAACAGACACAUUUCAACAUCAACUGUUCAGAGGAGACUGCGUGAAUCAGGACUUUAUGGUUGAAUUUCUGCAAAGAAACCACUACUAAAGGACACCAAUAAGAAGAAGAGACUUGCUUGGGCCAAGAAACACGAGCAAUGGACAUUAGACCGGUGGAAAUCUGUCCUUUGGUCUGAUGAGUCCAACCAGCAUGGCUGCCACAGCAUUCUGCAGCGAUACGCCAUCCCAUCUGGUUUGCGCUUAGUGGGACUAUCAUUUGUUUUUAAACAGGACAAUGACUAUUUGACCAAGGAGAGUGCUGGAGUGCUGCAUCAGAUGACCUGGCCUCCCCAAUCACCCGACUUCAACCCAAUUGAAAUGGUUUGGGAUGAGUUGGACCGUAGAGUGAAGGAAAAGCAGCCAACAAGUGCUCAGCAUAUAUGGGAACUCCUUCAAGACUGUUGGGAAAGCAUUCCAGGUGAAGCUGGCUGAGAGAAUGCCAAGAGUGCAAAGCUGUCAUCGGGGCAAAGGGUGGCUACUUUGAACACUUUUUUGGUCACUACAUGAUUCCAUAUGUGUUAUUUCAUAGUUUUGAUGUCUUCAUUAUUAUUCUACUAUGGUAAAAAGAAAGAAAACCCAUUGAAUGAGUAUGUGUGUCUAAACUUUUGACUGGUACUGUAUAUCUCUAAAACCAUAAAAGAGCAUGACAGAAACAAGGUAGAGAAUAAGAAGGACAGAUUUUUUAUUAAUUUGGCAUAAAAAUAAAACACAGAAUGCAUGGCAAUGUAACGCAAUAGUUAAAACAUUUCAUUAUUUAUGAAUCUCUGCUAACCCUGUGAAUUAGGUUAAAAACCAUUCUGUAAAUGAAAGUAAGCAGGAUCAUUAACUAUCAUCAUCCUUCUGUUUAAUCUGUUGCGCUGUAAUACAGAUGUUUGACUAAUGUGUAAUGGAUAUACAGUUCAAGUUGUAAGUUUACAUACACCUUAGCCAAAUUUUCCCAAUUCCUGACAUUUAAUCAUAGUAAAAAUUCCCUCUCUUAGGUCAGUCAGGAUCACUGCUUUAUUUUAAGAAUGUGAAAUGUCCGAAUAAUAUAGAGAGAAUGAUUUAUUUCAGCUUUUAUUUCUUUCAUCACAUUCCCAGUGGGUCAGAAGUUUACAUACACUCAAUUAGUAUUUGGUAGCAUUGCCUUUAAAUUGUUGAACUUGGGUCAAACGUUUUAGGUAGCCUUUCACAAGAUUCCCACAAUAAGUUGGGUGAAUUUUGUCCCAUUCCUCCUGACAGAGCUGGUGUAACUGAGUCAGGUUUGUAGGCCUCCUUGCUCGCACACACUUUUUCAGUUCUGCCCACACAUGUUCUGUACGAUGAGGUCAGGGCUUUGUCCAAUACCUUGACUUUGUUGUCCAUUUUGCCACAACUUUGGAAGUAUGCUUGGGGUCAUUGUCCAUUUUGAAGACCCAUUUGCAAGCAAGCUUUAACGUCCUGCCUGAUGUCUUGAGAUUUUGCUUCAACAUAUAGAAUUUUCCUCCAUCAUGAUGCUAUCUAUUUUGUGAAGUGCACCCGUCCCUCCUGCAGCAAAGCACCCCCACAACAUGAUGCUGCCUCUCCCAUGCUUCACGGUUGGGAUUGUUUUCUUCGGCUUGCAAGCCUCCCCCUUUUUCCUCCAAACGUAACAAUGGUCAUUAUGGCCAAACAGUUCUAUUUUUGUUUCAUCAGACCAGAGGACAUUUCUCCAAAAGUAUGAUCUUUGUCCCCCAUGUGCAGUUGCAAACCGUAGUCUGGCUUUUUUAUGGCGGUUUUGGAGCAGUGGCAUCUUCCUUGCUGAGCGGCCUUUCAGGUUAUGUCGAUAUAGGACUCGUUUUACUGUGAAUAAAGAUACUUUUGUACCUGUUUCCUCCAGCAUCUUCACAAGGUCCUUUGCUGUUGUUCUGUGAUUGAUUUGCACCUUUCGCACCAAAGUACGUUCAUCUCUAGGAGACAGAACGCGUCUCCUUCCUGAGCAGUAUGACGGCUGUGUGGUCCCAUGGUGUUUAUACUUGCAUACUAUUGUUUGUACAGAUGAUUGUUGUACCUUCAAGUGUUUGGAGAUUUCUCCUAAGGAUGAACCAGACUUGUGGAGGUCUACAAUUUUUUUCUGAGGUCUUGGCUGAUUUCUUUAGAUUUUCCCACAAUGUCAAGAAAAGAUGCAGUUUUGAAGGUCGGCCUUAAAAUGCAUCCACAGGUACACCUCCAAUUGACUCAAAUUAUGUCAAUUAGCCCAUCAGAAGCUUCUAAAGCUAUGACAUCACUUUCUGGAAUUUUCCAAGCUGUUUUAAGGCACAGUCAACUUAGUGUAUGUAAACGUAUGACCCACUGGAAUUGACAGUGAAUUAUAAGUGAAAUAAUCUGUAAACAAUUGUUUCAUACUUGUGUCAUGCACAAAGUAGAUGUCCUAACCAACUUACCAAAACUAUAGUUUGUUAACAAGAAAUUUGUGGAGUGGUUGAUAAACGAGUUUUGAUGACUCCAACCUAAGCGUAUGUAAACUUCCGACAUCAACUGUAUACUUUGCGUUACCUCUUAUUAAAUCAAGCCACAAGAUCAUUU